AUGGCUACUAUUCAGUUUCCUGUGGAUCUCAUGGAGCUGGAUGAACGCGAUGAAUUUGUGACCCUCGAAUCCGACCCUAGCGUCGCUCCCCCUUUUGACAGUACCCCUCGCCGUAUCACAGAUAUCACGGGGUUCAUUUCUCGAGGGGAGACUUCCAUGAUCCCUCCUGAAAAUCUGCACGAACCUUUUGUUUUUCGAGCAAGACUGGACAUCCAGUGGGACGACACGGAGUCGGUGGUCUGUAAGGCUGGGUACGGCAAGAAAUGCACUGACAAGCUUAGGAAAGAGGCCCUAAUUUAUGGCAGGAAGCUUUCUGGUCUUCAAGGUACAUGCGUCCCGCAGAUCUACGGCUACUACACUGGCUAUACUGCCGAGGACGGUCGGCUCUCGGUUCUUGUCAUGGAGGACUGUGGCCAGCCUUUGCCUCGGUCACUUAACACGCUCCCACGAAGUGUGAAAAAGAGUAUACUGGAGUGUCUUAUCAAGCUCCAUAAAGCUGGUGUAUGGCAUGGGGACGUCGACGACGAAAUGAACAUUGUCGUACGUCCCUCGAAGAACGACACGUGCGAGAUCAGGUUCGUCGACUUUAGUAACGCACAAGACAAUCACACCUGCGGAGUCAACCCCGAGUUCCUCGAGGAUACUACCGAGCCUACCUUCGAUCGAAUCCGGUGUAAGGAGAUUUACCAGGUGUGGCUAGAAUCAGAGUUAUGGGUUGACAGUUACAUCCUUUUCUAUGACAAGGUGGUGCCAGUUGAACAAAUGACGACUCCAGAGAACCUCUUAGCUGUCACAAACAUCCUCAACGAGCUCGAGGAACACGAAGAUAUCCGCGACUGGGAAGCGAGGGAUGCAGCUGAGGCAGAGAUUGAUUACUACCGCGAACGGUGUGAAGCCCGCAAGCACUGGGAGUCGACGCCCCUUUACGCGAAUUGAUGUAGUUACAAAUCAUCUGGGUUACUUGACCUUAACCAAGGUGCUCGAUUAAAUUAAACGGACUAGCUGGGGGUGAAAGCGGUGUAUAUUAACGGAUAACAGAUGUGUUUGGCUACUUGUGUACAACUCGGCCUAGUCGAGGGUAAUUAAAC